AUGGCGAAAGGCGGCAAGGGCGGCGGAGGCGGCGAAAACUCCAAGAAGGCGGCCGGCCAGGCCCGCAAGGCUGACGCUGCGGCGGCAAAGCAGGCCGCGGCGGACAAGGUGAAGUCGGCGCAGGAGGAUGUCGAGUGGUCCAAGGGCUCCAAGAGCAACGCCAAGGCUGAGGCCGCGGCGCAGAAGCAGGCAGAAGCAGCACGCAAGAAGGCCGAGAAAGACGCGCUGAUGAAGGAAGAAGAGGCGGCGCUGCCAUCCAAGGGCCCCUCGAAGACGAAGACAGCGCAGAAGAAGGGCGGACGCGCCGGGGGCGGGCUGGACGACGCGCUGGGGUCGUUCGACGCGCCCGCGAACAAGAAGGCGGCCGCGCUCAGCGCGUCGGGCAUCGACAACGCGCUGGACGCGCUCUCGCUGACGUCGGGCGCCAACAACGACAAGAUCGACCGCCACCCGGAGCGCCGCUUCAAGGCCGCCUACGCUGCGUACGAGGAGCGCCGCCUCGAGGAGAUGAAGGACGAGAAGGGCUUGCGCCGCCAGCAGAAGGUCGACCAGAUCAGGAAGGAGUUCGAAAAGCACCCCGACAACCCCUUCAACCAGGUCGCGGGCAAGUACAACUCGACGCGCGAGGAGCUGGCCGAGAUCCGCGAGGGCGAGAAGAAGAAGGUCGAGAACCGCUUGGCGCAGCCGUGA